GUGUGUGUGUGUGUGUGUGAGAGAGACAUGAGAGUGUGAAGCAGUGAGAGGGGGAAAACCUAGAGAGAACAGCAUAGGAAGGCAAUCGGGGAGGAGGACAGCAAAAAGAAAAGGAAGACAGAGAGUAGAAGAGAAAAGAGGAGGAUAAAGGAUCAUGUGAAUCUUCUAUCUUUGAUCGUCCAGGUGCCAAAGUCAAGAGAUGCAAUGACCCGAUGACCAGACACACACACACACACACACACACACACACACACACACACACCAGCAUCGUGACAGGAGGGACGAGCCACAACACACAAACACACACACACACACACACACACACACACACACACACACACUCCCUCUCUGCAACCAAUCUCACAUCCAUCGGAUCAUGUCGUCUACUGGAUCGACCAACCACAACAGGCGACUGGCAUCGGAGACGGACAACUCCCCGAGGACGUUGGACAACGACUCUGCGCAGCACCUGAAGAUGAGGGAGAGACAGCUCUUCUUCGAGGACGUCUACCAGCAGGACGUGGAGAACUACCUGCCCUCUGCUCACCUGCAGAUCGACAGCAGGAAACCUCCCAUGGGCAGCAUCUCUUCAAUGGAGGUGAACGUGGACGUCCUGGAGCAGAUGGACCUGAUGGACAUUUCGGACCAGGAGGCUCUCGACGUGUUCCUCAACUCGGGCUCGGGAGCAGACGAGGCGGCGCUCGCUUCCCCACUACCAGAGUGCGGGGACGAGGACGAGGAGGAGGACGAGGAUGAAGAUGCGGAGGUCGUCUACAGGGAGCGCGCACCUCUGAAGCGUCAAGGCGAGGUCCGCCGCGGCUCCAAGUCGCGCAUGGCCUCCACGUCGUCGGGCUUCAGCGACACCAGCUCCGGGGCCGGAGCCGACACGCCGGUGGUCCAGUCCGACGACGAAGAGGUCCACGCCGACACGCUGCUGCUCACCUCCGUCCCCCAGGCCAGGGACGAGGACACGGACGAGGAGGACGAGGGCGAAAAAGGACGCCUCGUGACCAAAUCCUCGUAAAACACUUUGCCUGGAGAGAGGGCAGAAGAGUUUGAGGCUAUCUAUCUAUCUGUCUGUCUGUCUCUCUGUCUGUCUCUCUGUCUGUCUAUCUAUCUAUCUAUCUA